AUGCCCGCAUCCCGCCUCUCCCGCUUUCCCCUCCCUCUCCCGCGUUUUCCGCCUCUCUCGCACGUGUCCCCCACCCCCACUCUAUCCUCCAUCCCGUCGCGGAUGCCGGAUUUUCUUGCGAUGGUGGGAGUGAGAGCGGGCGAUGCGGGGAAGGGGGAGCUACGUGUUGUAAAGAGGAGAGGAGUGCAGGGGAAGAUAAUGAGGGGGUCCGCAGGCGGAGCGGGAGCGGUGGAGGUUUGUGAGUGCAGCGCCGGGGGCGGUUGCAACGACGGGCGGUAUUUCAACACGGUGGCGCGUGCAGCGGACGAGGAUCUGGUGGCGCUGGGGGUGCGGAGGCUUGCACACAUGAGAGAGUACGACGAGGCGGAGGGGGGUGACGUGGACAGCACGUUCCACGAAUGGGUCAGCGCAGUCAAGUCCGCGUUGGCUGCCGCGAAGGGCGGGUCCGGGAAUGGCGCGACUUUGAGGGCGUCGGGAGGGCAGGAGGAGGACGAGGAAGAGGAGGUAGAGGAGGAGGAAGAAGAAGAGGAGGGAUACGAGGAGUAUAAAGGGGAGAGCGAGGAGGAGGAGGGGGAAGGGGAGGGGCGCGCGGAGGGGUUGGUUGAUCUGGAGGACGUGGCUGGCCCGCACGCCCCCGCGCGCGCGCAUGCGAAUGCGCUCACGCGGGGGACUUUGUGGGCGAGGGCGCUGGCGCUGGCGGGGACGGCGCGGGAGGCGCUGCGGGGAGGAGAGAUGGCAGUGGCGGAAGGAGUGGCGCGGGGGGCGGGGAUGGGGAAGAGCAGGGGGGCGGGGUGGUUCGGCAAGGGGGCGUGUACACGGACCAUGCGGGGGUGA